ACGCACCAAAGCAGCCCCGUUAUGGCUAAUCAAAACCCGUCUUUUUAUGAGGGCUGUGCGGUUACAAGUGAAAGUCCGUAAAUCCGCAAGUAGUGUGCGAUAUUUUUACAACUGUCAGACUAGCAUAUUGCAUAUGCAUUCAGUGUAUAACCAAGUCAUCCGAAGUGGGCCUAUAGAGUGUGCAGACGAACUAGCUAGCUGCAGAUAUUGUUGCUAACGUUAGUAGCUACUUAGCUAGUAAGCUAACUAGUAGACUGAGCUAACGUCUAAGAUAGUUAACGCUAGCUACGUUUGCUUGUUUAGACAGCAAAUGUUUUAAUCUAAUUCAUUUAGCUAAGGAAGGCUCGCAGAAUAACUGCUAGAUGUACUUUCCUGGGUUGCUAUUGCCUUGUGAUGGCUAGGUAGCGUCAUUGUUGAUGGAUGUGCUGGCUGCGCUCUUGUCCAUGUCGAGUUUGCUUGCGUGAGCGCGUCCCCAUACAGGGCAAAGUAUAUAUGUAAUCACUCGAAUCACUCUGUAAUCACUCUAUAAUCUGGAACAUUGUGUUUGUACCGUUGAUAAUUUUUUUUUGCCACGUUUCAACCGGAGUGAGAGGGUGUGGGAAGUCCCUGUGUAUGUUUUACGAUCAUCGAAUGCCAUGGAGACCAGUGAUGACGGGGGUCUCAGUGUCGGGGCUUCGUCUGGAGAGGAAAACUACUUCCAGGGCUACACUUUCACUGAUCGCUCCCACUCCACCCGCGUCGUCAAGAGCAUCAUGGACCUGUGUUUAGAGGAUGGCCUGUUUGCAGACGUCACCGUCACAGUGGAAGGCAGAGAGUUCCAGCUUCAUCGCCUGGUGCUGUCAGCGCAGAGCAGCUUCUUCAGGUCCAUGUUCACCUCAAACCUUAGGGAGGCCCAUGAUCGCAACAUCGAGCUGAAAGAUGUCAGUGCGCCUGUCUUCCAGUUGCUAGUGGACUACAUCUAUCAUGGGAUGAUCAAACUCCAGGUGGAAGACCUGCAAGACACCUACGAAAUGGCUGACAUGUAUCAGCUCACUGCUCUGUUUGAGGAGUGCUCACGCUUCCUCUCACGGACUGUGGAGGUUAAGAAUUGUCUGCAGGUGAUGUGGUUGGCAGAUAGGCAUAGUGACCAGGAACUCUAUACAGCUGCUAAACACUGUGCCAAGAUUCAUCUGGUGCAGCUGCAUCAGACAGAGGAGUUCCUCAACCUGCCUUUGCGUCUCCUAAUGGACAUCAUCAAAGAUGGUGUUCCAAGCUCACAAAAUCCAACUUCAGCAAUUGAGUCUUGGAUAAACCACAACAAAGUUGAGCGGGAGGAAUUCUCAGAUAUGCUCUCAGACAGCCUAAAGGAGAUUGGUGAGAACGUGCACAUUUACCUGAUUGGGAAGGAGGAGACGCGUACACACUCUCUGGCCGUGUCUCUGCACUGCGACGAGGACGACGCCAUCAGCGUGAGCGGUCAGAACAGCCUGUGCCACCAGAUCACGGCGGCGUGCAAGCACGGCUCAGACCUGUAUGUGGUGGGCGGCUCCAUCCCGCGGCGCAUGUGGAAGUGUAACAUGCACACGAUGGACUGGGAGCGGUGCGCGCCGCUGCCUCGUGAUCGCCUCCACCACACCCUAGUGUCUGUCACCGCCGAGGAUGCCAUCUACUCGCUGGGCGGCAAGACAUUACAGGACACGCUGUCCAACGCCGUCAUCUACUACACGGUGAGGGACAACAUGUGGACGGAGACGAGCCAGCUGGAUACGGCGGUGUCGGGCGCAGCCGGCGUGAACCUGGGCGGCACCAUCUACCUGCUGGGCGGAGAGGAGAACGACAUGGACUUCUUCACCAAGCCCUCACGCCUCAUCCAGUGCUUCGACACAGCAGUGCAACACUGCCACACCAAGCCGUACAUGCUGCCUUUUGCUGGCUGCAUGCACGCCACUGCCCACAAGGACCUGAUCUUCGUGGUGGCCGAGGGCGACUCGCUGGUGUGUUACAACCCACUCCUGGACAGCUUCACGCGUCUGCGCUUCCCCGAGGUGUGGAGCUGCGUGCCGUCCCUCUGGAAGGUGGCCAGCUGCAACGGCUGCAUCUAUGUCUUCAGGGACAAAUGCAAGAAGGGCGAUGCCAACACGCUGAAGCUGAACCCCGCCACGUCCGUCGUGUCCGUCAUCAAGGGAAUCAAGAUCCUUCUGACGAACUGGCAGUUUGUUCUGGCCUGAUGGUUUGCUUGAAAUGCUAUUCGUCCCAUAAUUCAGGGCGACUGUGUGAAUGUGUUAGGAGCAUACAAUUUGCAGUGGUGGUGAAUAGUGAUGUAGUAGGAAAAGCUGAAACCGUAGUGCAAGACAGUGAUUUUGUAUUUGCCGUUUGUGUUACAAGCCUUAUCCAGUUGUGCAGUGUGGUAAACUGUGGCACACAGCUCAGUAUCAGUGAAAGCCAUUAAUAAUCUGAACUAUAAAAUGAAUGAGUCCAUACUUCCUUUGGCAUCUACUGAAGCAGAAUAAACAAGCCUAAUUAUUGUCUUGUUGACAAUACAUUUUCAAGUCCAGCUGAUGACGUAGUGUUCGAGUGCAGUUAAAAGCUUGGUUGACUUGCAUUUGAAUGUGUUAUUUUUCUAAAAAAUACAGUUGCUUAUAUUUAUGAACCAUUUUGGAGUAAGAAUGAUGAUCCCUGAGCAAGCCACUUGUUUCAGUAUAAUUGUAUUUAAUAGUACAUGUCAGCACUCUUACUCUAAAAUGAUUGAUAAAUAUGGGCCUUACAUCUAUUCAGAUAUUGAGUUUGGGUAGUAAUUUAAAUAGCUGACUGUUGAUAUAGUAAAUUUACCAUGCCAAAGGUUUUCUUCUUGUGUAAUCUACAGUGUCAUCAAAAACACAUACCACAUACAGUCAAAAAGUUACAAACUGGAAAACUUAUCAAUGUGAGGUAGCUCCAGUUAUUGAGCUGUAGUGUCUAAUAGUCCAAACACUUUCCAAGUAUGGAUUUCCUACUGCAUGUAGCAAGGGUUUUGUAUCAGUAUAAUGAAGCCAUGGCAUGAUGUCAAAAAAUAAAAAACACACUUUUUUUGACAGUGGAAUUUCAGAGGAGUUCUCCUCACUAUAUCCAGUGUUGAUAUAGUCUUUGUGUUUUGUGACACGUAUAUCUGACUAUUGAUGGCAGUAUUGUGGACAAAACAUGCUCAUGUAAAGGCUUUUGAAGCAACAGAUGUUUUUAUUACAGUCAUGCUCCAAUUUCUUUGGCCAACAUUUACAUUAAAUGUGGAAUAUUA